AUGGCUCAUAAAACAAGUCAGGAAGUCAGGGCCAAUAAAACGGAGACUGAAGUUCCGUAUUCAGCUGCGUUACCAGAUGAGCAGGGAAAAGGGUUUGGGGAGAACGAAGACACCGUGGUACCCUACAGAGCCACUGCAGACCAUCAGUCAACUACAGCUCCUUCAACCACUCACUGUUCCAAUGACUGCACAGCACCUAGUGACCACUCCAUCCGUAGUGAUAGCCCCAACCACCCCGACAGCAUAGACGAGGACUCUCUGUCUGAAUAUGACAAUGUCGGGUCUGAUGAGGAUGAUGAAGAGCAGGACUAUGAUGAAGAUGAGGAGCUGCACACGGAUGCAGAUGGCAUGACCUAUUACGUCCAUUGUUGUCCAGAAGACGAGAGCUAUAUGGAGGGGAUGGACUGUCAUGAGGGGGCUGAUGGUAGCGAUGGUCCCAGCACAUCACAGGACCAUGAUAAGUCUUGCAAACAAGUGGAGGGAUGGGUGAAUUCUGAGGGAUUUUAUGAGGUACUGCAAAAAGACACAGAAACACUAGUUUACAAGAGACCUGAACCGAUCACAGACCCAACAUAUGUACAGGCACCUAUGGCUGAGGAUGAGGAUGAGGAUGAUGACGAGGAAGAUGAAGAUGAUGAAGAAGAGGGCUUUUUACCUUAUGACAGAGAAGAAGCAGAGGAGGAUCAGGAUGAGGUUCUGUGUAGGAAUGACUGUGACUUUUCAGAAGAUAGCACAAAGCUUCAACAGAGGCCAAAAGAAAGUUAUGGCCAGGUUGCACAUGUAGCGGAAACAGAUAGCAGUAUCAGAGAGAGCCAGAUCAGUCUACAAGGUUCUAUGAGACACAACAUAAACUCCUCCUGUAGCGGACAGAGGAAUGAGAAGGAGGGACCCAGAGCUGAUGUCAUUUGUUUUUCAAAAGACUGUGAUGUCGGUGAGACCAAAGGAGACUCCAGGCGGAGAAUCAGGUCCAAAACCCAUCAGAUAGAGGAUACAUAUGGAGAUAGGCAUUGCAAGGAGAACUGUGGUGAUAUUGCUAAACAUGCAGAUUCAGCGGACAAAGGGUGCAAUCGAGAGAGACACUCAUUCAGAGGACAUGGCAAAGAGGAGAGAGGAGAGGAGAAGAGUGAGUCUGUGGGCAGUGACGUCCCAAAGGAGAGACGAGAACGCGGUCCGGUGUGCACUCGCACUGGUCCCAGAGUAGCUAAACAAAGUGUGAGAGAGAGACUGAACUCUUCUGAUACCGAUCAGGAGGUCACACAAAUCAUGAAUGGGGUCAAAGUGAGAUUGAACAUGGCAUGUGCAAUCACAGGGAAGGAUAAGGGGCAGUCACAUGAUCAAAGAAAGACAUCUGAUAGGUCCAAGCCCUCCUCACACAGACCUCAUAGGCGGGAGAGCCAGCCACGACCCCCAAACACCUCACCUGUUGAACAACCUGACACACCGCUCUGCAGAGACCAGCAGGAACACACCAAAGAGGAGAAGCAAAAGUCUCAACAAGAGCAGGCCCAGAUCGACCAGAACAGCCCAGAGCAGAGCAGAACCAGUCGAGUCUCUGGACCCGAAGGUCCAACACGGAGUCACAGCUCCCCUCAGCAAACAAAGAGAAAUCCCUCUUUCCCUAGCUUUGUGGAUGUUCCAGGUCCCUGUGACCCAGAGGAUCUUAUUGAUGGCAUUAUCUUUGCUGCCAGCUACCUGGGGUCCACCCAACUUCUCUCGGAGAGGAAUCCGUCUAAAAGUGUUCGCAUGAUACAAGCCCAAGAGGCUGUAGACCGAGUCAAGUGUGCAGAUGGAGAGACACAGAGUGUGACAGAUGUGGAUCUCUUCAUCUCAACCAAAGCCAUUAAAGUACUCAACGCUGACACACAGGAGACUAUGAUGGACAAUGCCCUGCGUACCAUUUCUUACAUUGCAGACAUAGGUAGUGUUGUGGUUCUAAUGGCACGUAGGCGCAUGUCUCACUCUGCUUCACUAGACUGCACAGAGACUGCCGUCAACGCCACAGAGAACCAGAGACAAUACCAAAUGGUCUGCUAUGUGUUUGAGUCAGAGGAUGCUCAAAUCAUAGCACAGUCAAUCGGACAGGCGUUCAGCAUGGCCUAUCAAGAGUUCCUGAGAGCCAAUGGAAUCAAUCCUAAGGACCUCAGCCAGAAAGACUACAGUGAUAUCCUCAACACACAAGAGAUGUACAACGAUGACCUUGUCCAUUUCUCCAACUCUGAAAACUGCAAAGAGCUGCAACUGGAGAAACAGAAGGGGGAGAUCCUGGGAGUGGUGAUAGUUGAAUCUGGUUGGGGCUCCAUUCUACCCACUGUAAUCCUGGCCUGUAUGCUGAACACUGGAGCAGCCGCACGUUCGGGCAAGCUUAGCGUUGGAGAUCAGAUAAUGGCUGUUAACGACACCAGCCUGGUGGGGCUCCCCCUUGCAACCUGCCAGGGCAUUAUCAAGGCUCUGAAGAACCAGGUUCAGGUGAAACUAAGUGUGGUCAGCUGUCCUCCUGUCACUACAGUCCUUAUUAAAAGACCAGAUCUGCAAUACCAACUGGGCUUCAGUGUACAGAAUGGCAUUAUCUGCAGUCUAAUGCGGGGGGGCAUUGCAGAGCGGGGAGGAGUACGCGUUGGCCACAGAAUCAUUGAGAUUAACGGGCAGAGCGUCGUUGCCAUGGCGCAUGAGAGAAUAGUCCAUGCCUUGUCUAUGUCUGUGGGGGAGAUAAAUAUGAAAACUAUGCCAGCUGUAAUGUUCAGAUUGUUAACAGGACAGGAAACUCCUGUAUACAUUUGA